CACUCAUUCUUUCGAACCUUUACGAUGAGGGUCUCUUUUCAAAUUUACACAACUUUCCGAUGGUCCAUCAUCGCGAUCGAUGAGUAAUUGUUUUAGAAAAUAGUCUGCAAAGCAGUUGGCUCAUUCAUUUUGCUAUUUGCAUCUCUCUGUGCAAAGUAUUCAAAUUACAAUUUGAAAUAGAAGCGCGUACAUACGUACGUACGUAGGACAGUAAUUUACGAACUUGUACGAUUUGAUGAUUCCUUUCAUCGCAUUUUCGAAGCGAAAAGAGACAAGUGGAAAGUAAAAGACACACGUAAAUUUUUGAAUAUAUUUGAGGCACGAGUAAUCGUUAAAUUUUAGUUGCAAUUUCGUCUGGAGGAUCAUUUUCCACUUUCAAAGAGAAGAAAGAAAUAUUUCGUGGACAGUUAGUGUCGCGGUAAUGGGUCUGACGGAUACGAGUUUCGAGGUACUUUUGACCCUGUGGCGGGCUCUCGUCGUGGGAGUCGUGUGGACCGAAGAAGUCUGCGGUCACUGUAGCGGUGUCUUACCAAGCCACAGCAUCGUCGGUUUUACUCGUUAAUCGUUUUGGACAGGUUAUUUGGAAAGCGAGAGAUGUCGUCUAGAGUGGUGAAGAACCCUUUAAAGUUAAACGACGGGGUCGACAGCAGGGAGACUUGGUCCGGCAAGGUUGAUUUCCUGUUAUCUGUCAUUGGAUUCGCCGUUGACCUUGCCAACGUUUGGAGAUUUCCUUACUUAUGUUAUAAAAAUGGUGGAGGGGCGUUUCUCGUUCCAUAUUGUAUAAUGCUGGUGGUAGGAGGAAUUCCACUGUUUUACAUGGAGCUCGCUUUGGGCCAGUUCAAUCGGAAAGGCGCGAUCACCUGCUGGGGUCGUUUGGUGCCACUUUUAAAAGGUAUUGGAUAUGCAGUGGCACUAAUUGCAUUCUACGUUGAUUUCUACUACAACGUGAUCAUUGCCUGGGCACUGAGGUAUUUUUUCGCCUCGUUCUCCAGCCUUCUACCUUGGACCACUUGCGACAAUCCGUGGAACACGCCGCAUUGUCGAGCGUUCGACGCUAACAUUUCAUACACGUUUGAUAACAUACCUCUUGGCUCGUUCGAUACGACAGAGUCUGGCAAUUCCACCGUAACCGCGGGACAUUCAGACAAAAAUUCAAAUCAAGGCUACAACAACACGUGGUACACGAGCGCUGCUCAAGAAUAUUUCAAUCGUGCUAUUCUGGAACUUCACGAAAGCGAAGGUUUACACGAUCUUGGAAUAAUUAAAUGGGACAUUGCGUUGUGUCUGCUGGUGGUCUAUCUGAUUUGUUACUUCUCUUUGUGGAAGGGGAUUUCUACUUCUGGCAAGGUGGUUUGGUUCACGGCCCUAUUUCCUUAUGCUGUUUUACUGAUUCUACUUAUACGGGGUGUCACAUUGCCAGGAAGUCUGGAAGGAAUACGUUACUAUCUCAAUCCAAAUUUUUCUGCCAUCACAAAAGCUGAGGUUUGGGUGGAUGCCGCAACGCAGGUGUUCUUUUCUCUCGGGCCGGGUUUUGGCGUGCUCCUGGCUUAUGCCAGUUAUAACAAAUAUCACAACAACGUCUACAAGGACGCUUUAUUAACCAGCCUGAUAAACAGUGCAACAUCGUUCGUCGCUGGUUUUGUGAUUUUUUCUGUAUUAGGGUACAUGGCUCGAGCAAGUGGAAAGUCUAUUCAGGAUGUAGCGACUGAAGGACCCGGCCUAGUGUUUAUCGUUUAUCCUGCUGCUAUUGCAACUAUGCCUGGUUCGAUGUUUUGGGCGCUCAUUUUCUUUAUGAUGCUGCUUACACUGGGAUUGGAUAGCUCGUUUGGCGGCUCUGAAGCGAUAAUAACUGCUCUCAGCGACGAGUUCCUAAUUAUCGGGAAUAAUCGCGAAAUUUUCGUCGCUUUUCUUUUCACGCUGUAUUUCCUCGUUGGUUUAGCCUCAUGUUCCCAGGGUGGCUUUUAUUUUUUCCAUUUAUUGGACCGAUACGCAGCCGGCUACUCUAUGUUGUUCGCAGUUUUAGCGGAAGCAAUUGCUGUUAGUUGGAUCUAUGGAGCAGACAGAUUUUGCGCGGAUAUUAAAGAUAUGAUUGGAUUUUCACCUGGAAUCUAUUGGAGAGUCUGUUGGAAAUUCGUUGCUCCGAUAUUUCUCAUGUUCAUUAUCGUUUACGGUUUAAUGGGUUAUGAACCACUGACUUACGAGGACUACGUCUAUCCUGUCUGGGCAAAUGUAUUAGGCUGGUUAAUUGCGACUUCCUCAAUUGCCAUGAUACCCGGCAUCGCAAUUUACAAGAUCAUCGUCACGCCCGGCAGUUUCAUUCAGAGAUUGAAAAUUCUGACUACUCCAUGGAGGGACACUCAACAAAGAAACGCAGAUUUAUCUUCGGUGGCGAAUGGCGCGGUUCGUCGCAGUUUUAUCGCAGACCAGGACCUAAAUUUAACAAAGGAACAACAGGACUUGACCAAGGAACAAACAGAAGUGAUGAUUCAAUCCAGAGAAGGUGUCAACGGAGAUCCACCUCCGGAACCAGUCUAGGACAGUGCGGUUGUGAUUUUGCACGGUGCCCGGUUCCAAGUAUAUCUUUGCUAAUAUUUCAUCGUUGGAACGUAAUUAUAUGCGAAAUUAUUUCCAUUGAAUCACUGAAGAUCUCGAACGCACUCACUUAGAUUUUACGAUACAAAUUCUUUCGUAAUCAUUCUUUGUUCCCUGAAUAGUGAGGCUUCGAGAUUUGACAUGUUGGACUACUGAAAUUUUUUUGAUAAUAGAAAAAGAGCUUUUCCUAAUACAUCGCCAUUUAUCCAUGAGAAAUUUUCCGGACAGACAUUUCGAUGUCUGUUGUGGCGCGUUAAGCUUCGCCGAGUUUUCGAUCGUUCCAUUUUCCACACUAGUCUUUUAAUGCAACUCUUUUCUCACCAAUAACAAUAAUAUAAUUUGUUGGUAAUAAGUAUAUUUUGGUAUCUGAACAGUUCUAGAGAUUAUCCUGGGAACAUUAUUUGUGAAUUUACACAAAUAUUAAACAAAACAGUUUAAGCGCAGAAAACAUGAUUAAAUAAUAUUCCAAAACUGAUUUUGAACAUUAUAACGAAAUAAUUAAGUGCAUUGAAAGAAUAAUUUUCUUCGACAACUUCUUUCUUUUGAAGUGCAUCGAGAUAUGUAAGUACAUAUGUGUUAUGGACAAACACACGAAUAUUUAAAAAAUUCUUCUUUAUGUUUAUAGGAGCAUCAGAAAGAGAAUAAGAAUCGGAGAGAAUAAGAAAAUUUUUUACUUAUUAUUAGAUUGCAAUCUAUCUUUUUGCUGACUUAUACAAUUUAUCUAAUCAAAAUGUGAGUUUUUUUUAUAUUUUUUAUUGUCUAUAACAUAUAUGUAACUUUUAUCUAAUUUUACCCCAAGUUUUAAAAUAGUACAUUUAUCUUAAUUUUAAAAUAGUACAUCCUAAGGUGUUCGAAAGAAUACAUUCCAAAUGUGAAACAUGGUCCGACCUGUAAAUAUGAUAGGCUUCAUGGAAUUUCCUAUGUAAAUUCAUUAAAUAGAUUAUGGAUAUUAUUCUAGAUUUAGUGAACAUAAGGCUGUAAUUAUCUUGAACAAGGAAAUUUCUUGGAUAACAGCUUUAACGUAUUAAACUUAAUCUCUUAUUGAUUAGAAACGUUUCGAUAAGAAACGUUAACAGAGGAAAGUUACAGGCUUUGCUAGAUGAACGUUAAAUCUAUAAAAAUAGUUAAUAAUAAAAAAGAAAUGAUUAAUAGUUUUCUAAUGGUUAAUAAUUUAUGACUUCCUCAAAUGAAAGAUUUGUUAUUUGUACUACUUUUUCUCGGAGUUUCUUAUUUGUUAACAAAGGAUUGACACAUAUUUUACAUAAACAAUGCGUUAAAGACAUUAUCUGAGAUUUAACUAUUUUCAUUUGAUUAUUUGAAUGCUCUUACAUCGUCUGGGCACUGACCAGACGUAUAUGCUGUGUAGACUAUACGCGAAUUAUAAUCACCGAAUCAGGUGUAAAACUUUACAUUAAAAAGUAGUGAAUUUCAAACGUUAUCGAGAAAACGUGUCACCCAUUGUUAAGAAGCAAUCACGCUUUUAUCUAUACAAUAUAUUUAGUGCAUUCCCAUACUCGUAUAGGUUUGACAAUUAAGCAUGUGAACUGGUUGAUUGUGAUUUUUGUUCUGACUAAUCCUCCAGUCGUAGACAACUUUCAUCUAUCUUUCUAUUAUAUAAAAUUUCUGGACGAAAUUUAUGUUGUGUAAGUUUAUCAUUUAUUAAGGAGACCAACUGUAGUGAAAAAUAGAUCAAAGCAAAGAAAAUAUCGGUGCAUUUGUCGAAAUUUAAGUAGAAAGGGACUAGAGUGCGAUUGUGAGUGACUUUACAAAAAUUUUUGUAACAAUCUCGUAUUUUCUUCUCAAUACUUGUUAUGUAAUGGUUUUUUAAAGUAAUCAAUUGUUUAUGAUUGUUAAUUUCUAAAUAUUAUCGUUACUUCGAUUUUUUAGAGUGAUAUCAUUUCUUAUGAAAUUAUUGUUCCAUUUUUCUUUUCUUUAUUACUAUUAUAAAGAUGAUGAAAAUAUUAUGGUGUAACAAUUAUGGAUGGUACACGUACUUAAUUUUAUAUUUUAUAGACAUAUUUAUUUCUCUGAAAUAGAUCUUUCCCUAAAGUUAUUAUUUCCAAUAAAUACCUAAUAUCAAAACCAAUAUAAAUUUUUGGAAAUAAUAAUUCUUUAAACAAAUUUUCUGCAAUUUUGAUUUUUUUUUGUAUUAAUUUAUAAAAUGAUGAUUAAUUAUCUUUGUAAAAGUGAGAAUCGACGAUAUCAUAAACAAUUGAGUAAAUGUCAAGUAUUUAAAAAGUUAUCGUCGUAUACUUGUUAGAAAAUAUUCUCUAUGUGCAGAUACACAUAUAUGUACCAUAUAGUUUAUAGUUAUUGUUAUUAGAGCCAAUGGUACGUAUGUAUGUAUAAUUAUACGUAUAAUAUAAUAUAUAUAUACAGGAGGAACCGUCAAAGAUAAAAUUUUUAAAUGUUCCGAUUAUCUAUGAGGAUUUGAAGUUAGAACAAAUAGUGUGACAUUAUUUGAUUUCAGAUUCUCGAUAAUCGAGAUAUAUUCUAAUGUUCCGUUUCAGACGAAUCUUCCUGUACAAUUGUAUGUUAUAUUUUAUACAUCGCAUCCGAGUUGUAACCACAGCCAUAGGUAGCAACUCGGGCCUUGUUAAUACAGUGAAUCAAUAAAUAAAUAAAUAUUCACAACUUGA